AUGCGUUCAGAAAACAAACCUCCAUCACCUGUUUCCCAUAUUCCCAUCCUUCAGGCCAACCCUUGCAGCGCAGAAGGGCUACAAAAGCUAGGGGAGAGGGUGUGUCGUCGUCAGUCGAAGGUGAUUCCUGCUCCUGCUCCUCCUCCUCCUCCUCUUCGCCUUCUCCGGAGAGCCGAUUCAGCCGAAGCGCCCUCAGAGUCCGAGACCGGAAGAGUCACGCCGCCAUUCUUCUUCUGCUUCCUCUGCUUCUUCGUGGCUCCAGCGAUGGAAACUUCGACAGCCUGUCUGGUCUUCGCGACCCUGCUAGCUUCUGCCUUCGUCUGUCAGUCGCAGCCCGGUCUUCCAAAGGCUUGCAAGCCGUCUGACGAAUGCCUUGCUUAUGGUGGCUAUUGCAUCAGCAACAGCCAGAAAGGGGACUGCGACGGUCUCCUGUUUGAGAAGGAAUGCCAAUCAGCUCUAUGCUCCUGCUGUAUAGAAGCUACACUAAAGCGAGAUGAAUGCCAAGAGAUGCCCAAUAUCUGCCCCAGCGCAACCUCAGUGUGUCAAGAUAAAGAUGUAGGCUACGAGUGCGUUUGCAAUGCAGGCUUCAAGACAGUAGUGUGUGGAGAUAUAGAUGAAUGUCAAAGCAAUCCGUGUGUAGCGCCAACCCCCAUUUGCGUCAACACAGACGGAAGUUACAGCUGCCAAGGACCGAUAGGGGGAAGGGGAGGAUUCUGAAAUUCCAGAGCUGGUCCUCGGCGGCUCAGUGGAGGCUGGUUGGUGAUGCUGCGGUGAAUUGCGAUGCAGCUGGAAAUUAACAAAGUGUCACUAACAUCGGAUGACAGGAACAGAGAUAAAUGCAAACAAAUCUUUAUAUUAUUUCUAUUUCAAAAUAAGUUUUCACUGAUCAGAUUUUUUCCUGGCCUCGUUCAUUCCAUUUGUUAAACGAGUCUAGUGAUAAAAUGGAU